AGCAUUUUCAGGAACCGGUCUCAUGACGGAGCUGAGCCUGAAGCCUGAAGGCGCUCUGAUAGUGAGAGGGCAGUAACAACAGUAAGUGACUUCUUAAGUGACUUCUCAAGGACCAACUUCUCUUGCAAGGAAACGGAAGCAGCCCUCCUUCUACUGUUCGGUGAAAGGGCAGGCACGAUGCUACCGGGCGACAGGAAUCUUCAAGCGUUGCUUACGGGGCGGGAGGUUGGUGGCUAUGAUGCUUCUGGACCUCACUCGAUCAGGGGGGCGGUCCAGAUGCAUGAGGCCCUGGUUCGCCGCUUAACCCUCGAUUCAACCCUAGAGGGUCACACGGGCUGUGUGAACUCCAUCGCAUGGAACAAGUCGGGCUCCUUGCUGGUCUCCGGUUCGGAUGACACCCGCGUGAACGUGUGGGACUACGGCUCCCGCCGGUUGCUGUACAGCGUCGAUUCGGGCCACUCCGCAAACAUUUUCUGCACACAGUUCAUGCCGGAGUGCAACGAUGAGAUCAUCGCAUCCGGUGCUGGAGACGGCGAGGUCCGCAUCCACCGCCUCAACCGUGGGGGAACCGAGUCGCAGGGCGGGGUGCGCGUGCUAGCGUGCCACACGCGGCGCGUGAAAAAGCUAGCGGUGGAACCGGGCAAUCCGUAUCUGGUGUGGAGCGCCUCCGAAGAUGGAACAUUGCGUCAGCAUGACCUGCGCGAGCGGGGGCCGUGCCGGCAGGGCUUUCAGGACGAGUGUCGCAGCGUGCUGCUUGAUCUCCGGGGGGCCAUGAAGCGCUCCCUGGCCGCCCCCCCCCGCCACUGCCUCGCGCUCAAGAGCUGCGCCAUCCACCCGACCAGACCCAACCACAUUCUCGUGGGGGGAAGUGACGCCUUCGCUCGCCUGUACGACCGCCGCAUGCUUCCCACCCCCUCCUCCAUGUGCCGAGAUGCGCACCCUGUCCCCGCCCCCCCCUGUGUCUGCUACUACGCCCCAGCGCACCUGGCAGAGGCGACGAAGCAAGGCCUCCACCUGACCCACGUGACUUUCAACCCCCAAGGCACGGACGUUCUGCUGAGCUACAGCGGAGAACACGUGUACAGAAUGCCCGCAAUUCCAGGUAACCCCAGUUCUGUGUACCGGGCACCCAACGUGGCCAGCAAGACAGUCCUUCCCAUGCCCGAGAACGGCAUCUCCGGGCACGCAACUCCCGAGCUGGAUCGUAGCGGAGAAUCAGUAGAGGCCGCGACAGGAGGGCAAGCUUCCUUGGCGUUUAAGCGGUACCUCCGCUGCGAACAGAAGCUGGCGUCCGCAAGUGAGCGCCUCUCCGACUCGAGCGGUCCAGAAAACUGCACCCGAGUGAUCGAGGAGCUAUCGGAGGUGCUGGAAGGAAAAGGCCUUGGCCCAAGCAUCGUCGGCCCGGGGCUGAGGCACGACUGCCUGUGCACUCGCGCGGCAGCCCUGACGAAGCGCGGGUGGCGCAACGACGCGCACAUGGCCCUGCGCGACUGCAACUCCGCACGGGUUAUGGACGCAUACAGCGUGCCGGCGCACCAGCGGACGUCCGAGGCCCUGCUGCAGCUUAAGCGGUACCGGCAGGCGCUGCAGUUUGCCGAGCGGGCGCACCAGUUGGACCCCGCUAACCCCGGGUUAGCGGAGCUGGUUGUGCUGACUGCGGGGAGGGUUAGGGAAGCCUCAGAGGAACGCCGGCGGCGGCAGCGCAACAACGGAGAGCAGGGGAUCCCCCACGAGAACGGUUCGGGGAUGAGGACACGUGUCCGCUUGCGGGACUGGCUGGUCGGAGAGGACGGGCCGAUUGACCAAAUGGAAGAGGAAGACGAGUACGACGACAGAGAGGAAAGCGGCAGUGGGCACGACUCGGAAGACACGCCGAGCGUGGCCGAAGAAUCCGACGGCAACAUGGACUCCAGCUUCGAGGGCGACUUUCUCGGUAGCAGCACAGCCCCGGAGGCCUCCCACCCUCCCAUGCGAGGGCCUGGCACGCUGCCACGUGGCGACUUCCAAUUUGCCAGCAGCUCGAGCCCCCCGUCGACCACCAGUGAAGACUCCGGCGCCGGUUGUCGGCGGCUUGGCGGCCCGGGAGCAAGCUUGCCCGUGCCGGCGAUGCCGUCAUCUUACCCCGAGAUGACGUCACCAGGCUUCGGUAUGACGCCACCUAGCCCCGGGCUGACGUCACCCUUCCAGCAGGCCAGCCUAGGUCUAGUGGAUAGCCCGGUGUCGGUCCUCGACUUGGAGGGUAGGGGGAACGGGGGCCGUAAGGAUCAAACGGGCGAGAGGAUGGGUCCCGAAGCGCGCGCGGAAAGCGAGGGGAGCCGCGGGAGCGAGGGGCACCGGCGGGCCCUGUCGGGCGGGUCGGCGGGCUCUAGCGGGCGGAAAAGCAGCCGCGAGCGGCUGGACGAGGCCUCCGGCGAGGCCCACAACACAAAGUCCGCGCGGCGGAAAGUACUAGAUGCGGAGGAAUACGCGCUCGAUAUGGUGCAGCGUUACGUGGGGCACUGUAAUACGGGGACGGAUAUCAAGCAGGCGAGUUUCCUCGGGGGGGGCGGGGAGUUUGUCGCGAGCGGAAGCGAUGACGGGCGGUGGUUCGUGUGGGAGGCGCGCACGGGGCAGCUCGUGAAGGUGCUGGCGGGGGAUGAGAACGUGGUGAAUUGCGUGCAGGCGCAUCCGUACGACUGCGCGGUCGCGACGAGCGGGAUCGACGACACGAUCAAGAUUUGGUCCCCGCUCGCGGAGAACCCGUCUUCCGUUUCGGGCGGCGUCGCCGGCCCCCAGCCGUUGGAUACGGUCCAAGUAAUGGCGGAGAAUCAGAAAAGCAUGUGGCGGCCACGCGUGGUGGGUCUACCCAUGGAGCUGCUACAGCGGCUGCGGGUCGCAGGGGACGCGGAGGGGGGAGUGCAUAGAAUAGAAUGUGCGCAGAGCUGACGUAGAGCAAGAGUCGGUUAUCAGGGUAGGUUGCGGGGCGAAAUGCCGCCCUGCGGGGUGGGAAAGGUGUGUGCACGUGUACAGAGAGGAGCUUCGUAGCUGCCUUUGAAAAAGAGGACAAUUUGAGGAGCAAAGCUUGCUCUGCAUAGGGUCAGGUUUCUACGUUUACUCGGUGAGACCGCUCGUUUGAGCGGCUUCGUUAUAAUCACUCGUCUGAAGGUACGCUUCACGUUUUGCCAUAAAGUGGUUGUCCAUGUGAAAAAUGAGGGUGUACAAGCUGUU